GAUUGCCUUUAGGAUUGACUGGUUUGAUCUCCUUGCAGUCCAAGGGACUCUCAAGAAUCUUCUCCAACAACACAGUUCGAAAGCAUUGAAUGAAAGUAAAAUGGUGAGGGUUAAGAAAAUAUUGUUGGUUAAUAGCACUUUGCCAGGUAUGUUCACACAUAGUCUCACUAAGUCCAAACUUCAUAAUUUCAUGAAGUAGAUCUUUCAUUCAACUCAGUCAAUAUUGAAUGCCUACUAUGUUCUAACUAGCUUUAGCCACAGUGAUGCCUCAUGGAGCUUACAUAGUGGGAAGAGACUAUAAAAACAUGAACCACUAAAUAAGGCAGUUUCAAAUUGUGAUAGAUGACGUAACAAAUGUGAACAAGAGCUAAGGGAAGGUGUUUAGGUUUCUACCUGGAUACAGCUUGUAUAAAUUCAUAGUAUAAGAGUAUCAAAGUAUAUCCUUGUUACUUUUUAAUUAAAUUUUUUUUCAAUUUUUAUGGUAGCUUUUUUCCUCCUAUUAAAUACAGAUUCUCAGUGGACUGCUCUUCAAGGGCAUUAUAGAAUGCUUGAGCUUGCUCUCUUAGACAAGAAGGCCUCAGUUAAUAGCCUUAGUUAAUAGAGAGUUUAAUUGAAUCAGAUUUCAAGGCAAGUCUAUGAAAGGUGUGGACUUUGGAUCUCAGACACCAUUCCCUGGAGCUGGCGGUCUUCACUUGCAUCACCACAUUUGAGGAGGGCAAAUCCAGUCUGUGAAACUCAGAAAGAUGCCAUGCCUAAGUAAAAUCACCAACUGAACAUGUCUGAAGGAUGUGAAACAAAGGUGAAUGUAGUCAGUUCAGAAAAAUGGGCCCGUUGAGGAAGAGAACAGUGGCUACAGCUGUGCAGAACAAAACUGCCAAGAGGGAGGGCUUGAUGUUCCCUUUACAGCAGAACGUAAUAUUCUCUUUACCAAGGCCAUGGUUUUUCUCUAAUAAUUUCUGCUUAAAAAAUACCUUCUGUAUGUCAGUUACGUAAUAUGACAUGUUAAUGAGAAAAUCUACAAGGAAACAAUUUCAGCCAGUUUAAGUAACUUGACUACCGCCAGCAUUGGUAGAGGUGGGGAUUGGAGCUCAGAUUGUCUGAGUCCCACCCAGUGUCCUUUACACUCACCACCCCACAAACCUAAGAUGCUGCCCACUUGGUAAGACAGAGGAGCGGCAGAGCCCAGGCCAGAAGAGGUACAGGGAAAGCCCUCCGUCCACCAGGAUUCCUCACCCAGCACGCAAGUCCAGCCCAGAGAAUCCCACUGGACCUUUUUCCAUGAAAGGCAAGAGCCCCUUUCUGCUAUCUAAGACAAACUGGUUGGUUUUUAUUUUUUGUUAUUUUUUUGUUAUUUUUACGUUUUCCUCUUGUCUUUCAGUGUUUAAAAUGACUCCACUGCCAACCAGCCUGAGGUUGCUCUUUUCCAAAAUCAAAAGACCUUUAAAUUGUGUUUGUUGUAAAAGUAGAAGAUAUUUGUUACAAAAAGUCAAAAAUGCGCAUAGCAGAAGAUGAGAGUCCCCGUACCCAUUUUUCUCCCCCAAUAUAGCUUUAAAUGUGCCUUCAGAACAUGUUUUGUUGCUGUUUUAAAAGAUGGGUCUUUUACGUUCUCUCUCAAAGGGAUCUAACCUGAGCGCUCUAACCCCCUCAGGUUUUCAGAUGACACUCUGGACUGGCCUUAAGUUGAAUAGUAGUUAGCUCAAUUUAUAGGGACGUCACCUGUAUGCUAGGUGUUGCUGAUCCAAGGUGGACAAACAAGGGCAGACUUUAAGGAACUCACUCUGUUCCUUAAACCAAGGAUGAGAUGGUAAUCCCCCAGUGAACAUAUACGGAGUAUCAUAUUUAAAACAGGUUAAAAACGUUCUUUUUAAUCAGAAUGACAAUGUAAUUAACUGAUCUGAGAAGUAGACCAAUAUUCAAGUGUAAGAGUUCUUUACUUUGCAGGUGACCCUGCCUCCUGCUGAGAUAGAUGGGGUGAGAUCUCUCCCUGGGUAGAUCCUGUUCCAGUGCCCUAAGUAUAUGCCAGGUCAGUUAGUCAGCAAUUCUGCUUCAGGAAUGAGCCCAUGUAUCCAUUAUACCAAUGUUACAUUUUCAAAAUGGAAAUUAAGCAUUUCCUGUGCAGGAGAGGGAGCUUUUAGGCCUGGGACUAAAACGCAAGGCUCCUCACACCAGUUUGAUGUGUUUUUCCUUACACCCUGUGAUUGAGUUCUAGAGCACCGAAUGAGUAUUAAUCUUCAUGGACUUUUUAUCCAUUGCUGACUAUAUGGAUUGGAUUGUGCUGGGCAAUAGAGAUUUAAAGUUGGACAGCUCAAGAAAUUCCCUUUUGUUGGAGAUCCAGUGGUUAAGGCUGUUCACUUUCACUGCCAUGAGCCUGGGUUCAGUCCCGGGUUGGGGAUCUAAGAUCCCUCAAGCUGCACGGUGCAGCUUAAAUAAAGUUGGUCAGGUCAGUCACCUGCAUUUUGUGCUGAAUAAACAGCCCAGUGACAAAACAGAAGAAUAAAUUGACAAUUUACGCCCCAAAAGGGUUAGUUGCAGAGGAAAGGGCCUGGAGCAGAGGGGUGGAGGGCUUCUCGAUUUAGUGAAUGAAAGCUCAUUGGAAGAAACAAUUUAUGUCAUUUCUUUUACUUUUCCUGGAGCAGAGACCCAGAGAGCUACUAGGCUUUCCCAGGUUGGGUGAGGAGUCAGGCUGGGUACAUUGGGGAAUUGCUGAUGGUGGUCAGAUUACUCUGUAAUCCGAUCUGAUCUAAUCAAACAAGAUGUAAUCAAUGCUGGUAUUUUAAACCAAUUUUCAACUGUUUGAAGUGAAAGUUACUCAGUCGUGUCAAACUCUUUUUCUACCCCAUGGACUGUAGCCUGUCAGGUUCCUCUGUCGGUGGAAUUCUCCAGGCCAGAAUACUGGAGUAGGUAGCCUAUCGCUUCUCCAGGGGAUCUUCCUGACUCAGGAAUCAAAUCAGGGUCUUCUGCAUUGCAUGCCGAUUCUUUACCAGCUAACUACCAGGGAAGCCCCUUCAACUGUUCAGUAGCUGUUUCUAGCCAUGAUAAUAGUUUAUUAAUUGUAAAAUUUAGUGCUUCUGGGAUGAGGGUAAGAACUCUCAGGGAUGGUGUCUUGGACUGGUCUGAUUCAGGCCCUACUGGUUUAGAGGAAACAGCCAUUGGUUCAUUCAAGAAGUAUUUAUUUGGUACUCGGGUACCAGGCAGUGUUCUGGGGUGAAAGUGAGACAUGGGCUGUUACCGCUUGUAGCUAAAUUGUUUGACAAGCGGGGCUGUUACCGCUUGUAGCUAAAUUGUUUGACAAGCGGGGCUGUUACCGCUUGUAGCUAAAUUGUUUGACGUAACGAAUCCCUUUCACUCUCUGGGCCUCAAAUCGACCUAUUCAGAGAUGUGCGUUCACCGUGAACCUGGACUGUUUAGAUUCAAAUUCCAGCAUCACUUCUUUGCUGUUAUGUGACCACAGGCAAGUUAACUUCAUCCCCCUGAGCUACGGGUUCCUCAUCUGUAAAGUGGGGAUAAUAUGACUCGUUUCAUUGAGUUGUACUGAGAGUGAAAUUAAGCAAACGCAAUCACUGGGCUUCAGUGCGCCCAAUCAAGAGUGGUCACUAGCUUUAAUCCCUGCUGAUUUCAUUAGCCGCAGACCCACUCAGGAACCACACACAGGUGUUAUUUAGGGCGUGGCUAACAGCGCAAGGGACCGGCCCGGAUUUAUAAAACCAGGGUCCGGCGCUGCGAUCCACAGUCCGCCUCGGCUGGACAGCGGAGCGUGGUCUUUUCGGGCCUUGGCUCCGCGCCCCCGAGGACCAGAAGCGGGGCUGCCCAGCGGCGACCAGUGCGGAGCACCCGGCGCGCCGAGACUAAGCGACCCCCUGGCUCCCGGAGCGCUCGGCCGCCCGGGUGCGCUCAGUGGACCCGGGUUCCCGGCCGCGGGGGCGGGGCCUGCGGCCGAGCGGCGGCCCCGACGCACCCCGCCCUCCCCGCCCCCCGAUUUCGCCGAGGCCCGGAAGGGACCGGUCGCGCUUCCGUCUCCGCCGGGGAUGCACGGAGGGCGGAGCCGCAGCCCGAGGACGCGACGCGAGCCCAGUUCCGGCGAGGAGGCCGCGCCAGUGACAGCGAUGGCGGCGGAGUCGGCGCUGCAAGUUGUGGAGAAGCUGCAGGCGCGCCUGGCCACGAACGCAGACCCGAAGAAGCUAUUGAAAUAUUUGAAGAAACUCUCCGCCCUGCCCAUUACAGUAGACAUUCUUGCGGAGACUGGAGUUGGGAAAACGGUAAACAGCUUGCGAAAACACGAGCACGUCGGUAACUUUGCCAGGGACCUGGUGGCCCAGUGGAAGAAGCUGGUUCCUGUAGAACGAACCACAGAGCCUGAGGAACAGAACUUUGAGAAGAGCAGUUCUCGGAAGCGCCCCAGGGAUGCCCUAAGGGAGGAGGCAGAGAUAGAGGGGGACUACCCGGAAAGCUGGAAAGCCUCCAGCAGCCAGUCGUACAGUCCUGAUAAUAGACAGAAAAAGCACAGAAAACUCCCAGAGCUCGAGCGGUCUCACAAAGUAUCUCACAGUCAUGCGAGGAGAGAUGAAAGAAAGAGGUACCACAGAACUUCUCCAGUUUACUCUUCAGACCAUGAGUCUUCCGAUUACGGCCAUGUUCAGUCCCCUCCACCAUCCACCAGCCCUCAUCACAUGUCUUUGGACCAUUACAGACCCCUGGAGGAGGACCAUGAGCCCUUUGUUCCCCACCAGAAGCCUGGCAAAGGCCAUAGUAAUGCCUUUCAGGACAGACUGGGGGUCAGUCAAGAGCGACACCUGGGGGAAGCCCAGGGGAGAGAAAGCACGAGUCAGAGCAAGGAGCACAGAUCUUCCCAUAAAGAAAAACGUCCGGCGGAUGCCAGAGGAGACGAGAAGUCUUCUCUGAUCAAAGAAAAGUCACACAAGGUCGUCUCCAAAGAGGAAAAUCGGAGGCCGACCUCUGGGGACAGCACAAAGGAGAAACCGCCCUCUGGUGUCAGGAAAGAGAAGGAGAAGGAGGGCAGCGCCAAGAAGAAGGUCUUACCCGCCUUGGAGGUGGCUUCAGACAACCACCUUAAAAAGCCCAAACCUAGAGACUCCGAGAAAACCAAAUCAGACAAAAACAAGCAGAGUCUAGAAAACUCAGACAUGGGCAAGGGGGCAGGAGACCUGUUGCCCAAGGCAAAAGAGAAGGUUUCUAACAACCUGAAAACUCAAGAAGGGAAAGUCAAACCUUCGCAUUCAGAUAGAAAGUCGGUGGCUUCCUUCCCUAAAGGUGAGGAGGCAGAUUCGGAUGAUGAAUUUGAGAAACCCACCAUGUCUUUUGAGUCAUACCUCAGCUAUGACCAGCCCCGGAAGAAAAAGAAAAAGAUUGUGAAAACUUCAACCACAACUCCCGGAGAAAAAGGACUUAAAAAAAAUGAUUCAAAAAGCACUAGUAAAAACUUGGACUCAGUUCACAAAUUACCUAAGGUGAAUGAAAACAAGCCUGAGAAGCUUCCGCCAGUUGGAGCCGACUCAGCCAAGCUGAAAAAGGUCCCCAGCGAUGUGUUGCCAGUAUUACCUGACCUCCCAUUACCUGUGAUCCAGGCCAAUUACCGUCCACUUCCUUCCCCUGAAUUGAUGUCAUCUUUCCAACCAAAGCGAAAAGCACUCUCCUCACCCCAGGAAGAGGACGAAGCUGGAUUCACCGGAAGAAGAAUGAAUUCUAAGAUGCAGGUCUAUUCUGGUUCCAAGUGUGCCUAUCUCCCCAAAAUGAUGACCUUGCACGAGCAGUGCAUCCGGGUGCUUAAAAACAACAUCGACUCGAUCUUUGAAGUGGGAGGCGUCCCAUAUUCUGUCCUUGAACCUGUUUUGGAGAGGUGCACACCUGAUCAGUUGUGUCGAAUAGAAGAGUACAAUCACGUAUUAAUUGAAGAAACGGAUCAAUUAUGGAAAGUUCACUGUCACCGAGACUUCAAGGAUGAAAGGCCGGAAGAGUACGAGUCAUGGCGGGAGAUGUACCUGCGGCUUCAGGAUGCACGAGAGCAGCGGCUGCGAGUCCUCACAAAGAACAUCCGAUCUGCACAUGCCAAUAAGCCCAAAGGCCGACAAGCAAAAAUGGCCUUUGUCAACUCUGUGGCCAAGCCACCUCGUGAUGUUCGAAGGAGGCAGGAGAAAUUUGGAACAGGAGGAGCAGCUGUGCCUGAAAAAAUCAGGAUCAAGCCAGCGCCGUACCCCACAGGAAGCAGCCGGGCUUCCUUCAGCAGUGGCAGCAGCAACAGCUUUAAUGCCAGCCCUGAGGAGCCGGCCUACGACGGCCCGAGCACCAGUGGCGCCCACCCAGCUCCAGUGCUCAGCAGCACCGUUUCCUAUGAUCCUAGGAAGCCAGCCGUGAAGAAAAUUGCCCCAAUGAUGGCCAAGACGAUUAAAGCUUUCAAGAACAGGUUCUCCCGACGAUAAAUCGAGGACUUACCUUGGAAAUGAAUUCUGGGGGGAGGAAUACAAGGACGGUGGGGGUUGGGGAAUGGAACUUCCAGAGGAGACCAGAGCCUUCCACUCCGUGGAAGCUUUCGGUCCCUGAGUCCUGCGCCGUCAGCGGGCGUGUGCCUGAGCCGGUGUCCGCAGCCGCUGCCUCCUUGCCUGGCGAGCACUUCAGAGUUCUGAAGACGUGAAGCUUCGCUCUCACCGAGGAUUUUAAGGUCGAUUGUACCUUUGUUGUUAAUUAGCUUCUUUGUAAACUAUAAGACAUAGUUUUAAUUAAUAAAUAUUGCCCCCAGAUUGUAUUUAUAUUACCUCCCUCUGCCCCCAGUUUUUCUGUUCUGUUUUUUUUUGGUCCUCUCCCACACACUUAGCCUUUUAUUUUUAGGGCUCUUUGUUAGAAGCCUAGUGGAAGUCUUUCUCCUGUCCCAGUUCAUCUCUCCUGAGCGGACUCUGGUCCAGAGAGAGGACUGGGUGUCCCCGGAGCCUGUGCGGGGCACGCUGCGCUGCGGGGUGCCUGUGUUGGAAGGGGAGCCUGGCCUGGAGACCGGCGUGUUUAGGGCGGCCCCCUCCCUCCGGGAACCCGUCUCAGUGUCGCGCUGCAGUCCUGCACAGGUGCAUCUCUUCCCUACUCAUCACAUAGUAUUUAUUAAGGGACGUUCUAGAGUCUUCCCCCCGCCCCACCAUUCUUUUUGCCAGGUCCCGCUUCUUUUGAGGCUUAACUUGAGGACACAGAACCCCAGUAUUUUUACAGUUUCCAGUUUCUAAUUGAAAACUUGAGGCUCCUUUUCCUCCCUGACUUUUCCCUCUCCCCACUGGCAUGGGGCAGAAGACAAACACCUGGCGGGGCUUUUUGUAGGCCCCCAAUGCAACUUAAAGAACCAGCACUUUAAUCUCUUACUCCCUGUGAAUCGCUGAAUGGUUUUAAAAAGUAAUGCUAUGUUGGAAAUCGGUUUUGUUUUUGCCUUUUUUUAAGAUCAUGUGAUUGAAAGAGCACAAUUUGCUAUGUUUUGUAGAGAACUUUGCAGCUUGAAACUGUCUCUAUCUUUGAGUCUUUAAGCCAGAAUUCGGAGGAAAGGACCAGUUUAAGGAAAGGGUUUGAGCCACAGGGGCAUCCACAGGUUUGGAAGGGAGAAUCUCACUUUGGAGUUGACAUAGGACGAAAGAUUAGAACUAGGAGGACAGCGUCAGUGUUCUUGGCUGUUGAAGGGCAGUGACCUAGUAGGAACCCCCUUGGUCAUGACCCUGGUAGAAGUAGAUACUAUAAAUUGGAGAUGCCCAUCCUUUAGAAGUCUGAGAAGCAGAUUGAGGGUGUGGUUAGUGUGGCAGCCCAUGGAGCUUGGCAGUUGGUGAUCCCUUUGACAAGGUCACUCAAAGCUCACAGCAUGGAGCCCACUGUUUUUAACCAUCCUGUAGACCUCAGGCUAAUGCUGAAGGUUGCAGAGCGACACAGCAAGAAGUCUGUGCAGCAAAAGCUGCAUUGUUCAGCGUGCAUUGCUGCGCAAGGUGCCUGAGGGACGCAAGUAUCGCUGUGUUUUAAUUUGCUGUGUUUUUGAACUGGGUAAAUGCAUUCUUUCUCUUGAUCAUAUGUGUUACCGUUCCACCAGUCCCCCGGCCCACUCCCCAAAUGUGGCACUAGGAAGCCUCUUCUCUAAAACCACAAGCGCACCAGGGUCAGGCGCCAGGCGUCUGUUGCCUGGGACAGCUUCCUCGGUGUCCACACCUUGAAUUUGUCUCUUUACCUGUGUGUUGAAGUCUCUGCCACUGAAACCAGUUUUCCAUAUUUGAUUCAGUUGUGUGUGAUUUAAUUUCCUUCAUUAGGAGUCUUUGAGCAGGGAGGGAAUAAAAGACACACCCCAGCAUCACUCCCCAUCUUUGGAUCACCCGUUUACAUAGAGCCAGAUCUUCCUCCCGCCCCCUCUAAGAGUGUCUGCAUCAGGGAUAUGACUUGGUGGGAAGGGUGAGGGAAGAGGAGAAACCGAGUUUUCAAACGACCGCCUCUCCUGGAUUGUUGAAAUGGCUGCAGAGCAGACACAGGUUGAUGUUGAACCUUUGGUCUCAUUUGUGAAAACUUGUGCAAUUCCUUUUUUCUGUGCUACACUACACACAAAUCACCAAAUUGCAAAUUAACCCAUUGUGAUCCUUGGUGUAAUGAACAGUUUCUUUGGGGCUUUUUCUUUCUUUCCGGGAAGUGGGAGGGAAAGGAGCAAGGUAUUAUCUUGCUCUUCAUUUGUAUUUUGGUCCCAAAAUGUAAAUACGAUUUUCUAUGUUACUUUUUUGUGGUAACUACCAAGAUGAAUAUUUUAAUUAGAUAAGUUAUAUGAAAAGAAAGGAAAAUUCCAUGUCUAAAUAAAAAAAAAAAAAAUACCCA